AUGGCUGAUUCCCCUCAUAUCCUCCGUCGACAGGCCCCAAACCCUCUCGUCUUCGCUACAGAGACUGUAUUACCUCUCGUCUCCCAGACAUCAAACAGCGGCUCCCAGAGCAACUAUGGUUCGGGUUCAAACACCGUCUCUAUGCCUUUCGUCAGGCGACAUGUCACUCGUCGUCUCAAGACAGCAAAGGCAGACUGCGACAAGGAACUGCGAAGGGUCAUCAACAAUAUCACCACAUUUUUUGAGGAGCGUCUGAGAGAGAACGACCACGAACGGGAAUUCGAACGCGAAUAUCGCGAGCGGGAAAGGGAGUCAGAUCGUGAUUCUCAGUACGGCGAUGCCGAGCCUUUGCGAGAGGCUUUCAUCUUUCAACCUCCAGAUGUUAGACCUAUAUCUCAGGCCGAUGAGUAUUCUGACAGUGGCUACGAGGCAGAGCCAGAGGGCCGUCAUAGUCGACAACCGUCCAAUUCAUCAUCUUUUAGCCCAUCUCUACGUCGACAGAAUACUCUUCCAUGGGAGAAGCCCCUACACGCCAACACUGCUUCCGGCGGUAGUGCUGUACCCAGCCCAGUCAUAUCAACAGCAACCUUAUCCGAUUCAACUAGUCCACGCAGGCAGUCCGGUGCUAUCGCUCCCACGGCAUGGCCAAGUCAGAGUCUAUCUUCCCGCAGACUGUCCCGUACAAUUCACAUCCCUACGCGCCCUAUGCGUUCAGGGCAAAGUUCUCGUUCCACGUCUCGCUCUCGAUCCCCACUUCCGCCUGCAACCACCCACAGUAGCUUCUCUGACGCUGCUCCCCCUGUCCAAGCAGCAAAUCGCCGUUCCUCCCGUAUCCUCGUUGAUGAUCCUAUCGAUCCCAUCAUGACCACCCUCUACGAACUUAUUGGCGUUGCGACAGACGUUGCUGAGAUGUCCACCGCUCAGCUCACUGCUCAACCUAAAAUUUGUGAGUCGCUCGUCCAGCGAGUCCAAGGUAUCGGUAAAGCAUGGGAUGAUCAUCCUGACUGGCACGGUCGUAAUUGGUACGUGCAGGUUCUUCUUGCAGUUGCAAGUUUGAGUCGUGUCGUUGAGUGGUGGGAGGCGGAGAAGCAGUUCUGGAACUUCGAUGAUAACGACGACGAGCUGGAUGAGCCGCUUAUGUUUGUCAUGAAACCUGCAGAUGAGUCGGGACCUGCUCCCACUCCGACUGCUCGACAUCGAUACGACGAAAAUGCUCUCCGUAUGACUACAGAUGAUGAGAACAGGCUACGCUUGAUGAGACCUACCAGCCAAGGCAGACGUUCCAGGGAUGAAGCUAUGAAAGAUCUGACUACGUCCACUUCACCCGAGCCACACUCAAGGGCAGCACAUAAGAUCAUUGAACACAAUGAAUCUGCUCGCGUUCUGGCUACCGAGAGACUCCGAUUGCAAGCCGAGACUGCACAGAAUCAGAACAUCGUGAUGGAGCUGAGCUUGGACGGGGAUCACUUCAUUUGGAUCAAUUACGCAUGGCGGGUUGUGGUUGGGUCGGAACCUGCAGAAUUAGCUGGAACACGGAUCUCACAUCUUCUCUCAGCUUCGGAUUGGGCUGUCUUUAGGGAAGCAACACAACGCUUGCAGCGGGAUGACUCACACACGGUUGAAGUUCGCUUCAAAUUGCAAAUAGAACCUGACGGUGACCGGGAUGUCUCGACAGCAGGCGUCCUCUAUCAGCAGAUGGAAGGUAAAGGUAUGCUCAUGGUUGACCGGGAGGACGGUCAGGCAUCUCAUACUAUGUGGGUUGUUAAGCCUAUCGCUCCUCCACGGUACGAGUAUCCUUCCCCUUCGAUUAUACUUGAGCCAGGCGAUAUCGGAGAUGAACCUGCUGUUGAGGAGGUGGUCACAAAGCCUCUUGCCGAACGCGCCAUCACUGAGCCUACUACACCCUUCCCAUUCAGUCAGCCCAUCUGCACAGACCUCAUUCUUUGCCGAAUCUGCGAAUGCCAGAUCCCCCAGUGGUACUUUGAGAAACACAGCGAAACAUGUGCGGAGGUGCAUCGUCUGGAGGCUGAAAUCGCAGAGUGUAACGAGUCUAUUGGCGAGUUGAGAAACACUAUUCGCGAUUUGUCUGUUGCUGUUGAGCAAGCUACUCCUGCGAUCGUUCCUGAAUAUCGUGGCAUGCCUAUUUUCACACCGUCUACCUCCCCGGGGAUGUCAAGCCCAUUACAACUUUUCAGGAGCAACAAGAUGCAGCGGAUGGGUGUAAAGAAGAUGCAACGUCGGCUAUUAGAGCAGCUCGAAGACGUACUACAAGUGGCCUCGGAGGUUUCAAUGCCCUCGUUGAAAGAGGAGGAAGCAAAGGAGCCUAUCGAACGACAGCGACUUCUGUCACCCAGCUCUGAGAGCAAGGUUUCACGGAUACGUACCUGGUGCAAGCCUACUAUUGAAGAUCCUGCACUAUCUCAGCUCGCGGAGGACGCUGAACGUGUGAUGAGGCAGAAGAUAGACAAUGUAGUACGAAUGCAGAACACCAUUCGGUAUUCGGAGAAGAUCUGGCACGAAUGGCAGGAGAAGGUAGAACAGGCCUUGGCGAACCUUGAAGACGAGGAUGAUAGCGAUGAAAGUGACAGCGAUGUUGGCGAGGAAAUCGGAAAUCAAAUGUUAGGAGCCACGGAUAAAUACGAUAGAGGAAAAGAAGAUCAACUGCUCAGGGUCUCCGAGGCUGAUGAAUCUUCGAGUGCAGAGAUGUUAUCAUCGGAGCCGACCCCCAUGGCUUCUUCUUCUCCAGUCCCAUGUUCCUCGUCGAAUGAUAGUCGUUUAGCAGCACCAAUGUCCGUGCCAGCUUUUAUCCCUCCUGCGUCCUGGCAAUUAGUCAACAAGAUGCCUACACGAUCCUCCACUCCAUCCUCAGUUUCUUCCCCUCUUGCUCUAGCUGCUCCUAUCAUGGCUUCCCCUUCACCAGAUGAGCAACCCCCCCAUAUGGAUCUUGACGCACCUCCUACCACGAUUAAGACACGACGAUCUGCUGGUAACCUGCUCGAGCCGAAAUUUCUUGUCACUCCGCCUAUGUCUCCUAUGAUUUCCCCUCGAGAUGCUCCAACUACACGGCGAGGGCAUCGGCGACAUUCUACCGCUAAUCCGAUUCUCAGCCCUUGCAAUACAAACCUACCCAACUCAGCAAAUUCGAGUGCCCCACUAUCUCCCCGGUUGCCUUCCGCUGCACCGUUAUCAAGGUCGACACCCACGUCGAUCAAAGACUUUGACAUUAUCAAGCCGAUCAGCAAAGGUGCAUUUGGCUCUGUGUUCCUUGCGAAGAAGAAAGUUACUGGCGACUACUAUGCGAUCAAGGUUUUGAAAAAGGCCGACAUGAUAGCGAAGAAUCAGAUCACCAAUGUCAAAGCCGAACGCAUGAUUCUCAUGAAACAGGCUGAAUCGCCGUUUGUUGCGAAGCUCUACUUCACUUUUCAAAGCAAGGAGAAUUUAUACUUGGUUAUGGAGUACCUUAAUGGUGGUGACUGUGCUGCGCUCAUAAAGACACUGGGCUCUUUACCCGAGGAAUGGACGAAAAAUUACAUUGCUGAAGUAGUGCUCGGUCUCGAGUAUCUACAUCAACGUGGUGUUGUUCACCGUGACCUCAAACCUGAUAACUUGCUUAUUGAUCAGCAUGGUCACCUCAAGCUCACCGAUUUCGGUUUGAGCAGGAUCGGUCUUCUUGGUCGUCAAACUCGCGAGGGUCAAAUGGGUCUACGACCGCGGACGAGAUAUGAUUCCCGUUCACGGCCACCAUCCAUCGACUCAGCGUACCUCUCUUCUCCGCUGCUCUCAGCGGAGAUACUAGGUGGGGCUUCGUAUUUUAAUCAGCGAACGCAUUCGGUGCCUCGUGUAGGGACGUCGCCUUAUCAACUUCUCACAGAUGAUGUUGGGGAGUCCAGUGGCUCGGAGUCGCUGUCCAACUUCCUCCCUCGGCGCAACACCAAGACGGGCGAUAGCCCUCUGCCAUCUUUUGCGACGGAGUUAACCACGGACUUGCGGUCUCACUCGGGUGGUGGCACUCCUCCUGGCGAGCAGAAGUUCGUUGGGACACCGGAUUAUCUUGCGCCGGAAACUAUUCUGGGUCUUCGUGGAGAUGAUGCAUCUGUAGACUGGUGGGCGCUGGGGGUCAUAACUUACGAGUUCCUUUAUGGCAUUCCUCCAUUUCACGCCGAGACCCCGGAGAAAGUGUUCGAAAAUAUCCUCUCUGGGCAGAUUGAGUGGCACGAAGACUGGGUCGAAUUCUCUGACGAAGCGCGCGAUUUCAUGCAGAGAUUGAUGACCAUCGACGUAGGCACUCGUCUGGGAGCCAACGGGGCUGAGGAGGUUAGAGCUCAUCCGUUCUUCGAGGGUAUAGAGUGGGACAAGGUCACCACUACCGAGGCCGCAUUUAUUCCUCAAGUCACCGAUCCCGAGUCGACUGACUACUUCGAUCCUCGUGGAGCCAUACCACAGCUAUUCCAUGACGAUGAUCAACUUGCGCUUUCCAGCCAGUCGGCCACGGACAGCCCCAACUUGACUGCUUUGCCAUCCGCCCACCCCAUUCCUGUUGCGAACAACCGUGAUGCCGCCUCAUCGCCUGCAGGCGAUGAUUUCGGCUCCUUCAGCUUUAAGAAUUUACCCAUUCUCAAGCAAGCCAAUGACGAUGUAAUCCGUAAAUUGAAAACGGACCAGCUUGUGCCCAUGACUCACACUUUGUCGGACCCGACAAAUAUGCAUUCACGGAAGCGAAGUGUUUCUCAGAGAAUCAAGAAACCCCCCAGCGUCGUGACUACUUCAUUGGAUCAGAAGACAAUGUCCACCAAUCCUCCUUCUCCAGCCACUUCCACAUCUUCUCUGGCGUCGUCUCCUUCUCGAGCCAGCCUUCCACCUUCUACUCCAGGUAGUACGGCCAGCCAUGCUCGUAAACCUUCCGAGUUUGGUGCAGUUGAGCGGUUCAAGCUCAAUCAUUUAGAUAACGGCGAACGUAGGAAUUCUAUGCCUAGUCGCCUACGGACAGCUUCAGUAUCUAGUGCCGGAGAUGGUUCUAGCUCUGAAAACUGGCCUCCAUCUGCAAGUCAAGGCUCCGGCCAGUAUGAAGUUACACCGCCUUCAUCAGUCCAUUCCAUUGAUCUGCGGAAGGGACCGGACCCUAGUGAUCGUGCCGUUACAUGCCUGCUCGCAGAAGAUAACCCCAUCACAGCGAAGAUAUUGGAGACUUUGUUGAUUCGCCUUGGAUGCCGCUGUGUUGUAGUCGCAGACGGGUCGGAGGCUAUCAGUGUGGCUAUGGGAGAUAUCAAAUUUGAUUGUAUCCUGAUGGACUUGCACAUGCCAGUCUUGGAUGGUGAAAGCGCUGCUCGGUAUAUUAAGAGCACCAAUAGUAAGAAUACGAAUUCGCCUAUUAUCGCCGUGAGCGCCUACAGUGGCGUGGAUGCCAACGAUCUCAGUAACAUAUUUGCCGCUUCCCUCACCAAACCUCUUCAGCGUGCAGAUUUGUUGGCUGUGAUGCGGAAGCUAGGAUUCAAGACGUCUACUGUGCGAGGUGUUUCUCUUGCGGCCAAAAUUACUUCUGCUCGUGCCUCGUGA